AUUAUAAAUAGUUGCAAAACUAGUGAUGACUGUAAUAGAUAUGCUAAAUGUUGUCCAGUUUUUUUUGAUGAUAAUGAUAAUAAAAAUAUAACACGUUGUGUACCUACAUAUUCAUGUAAAGGGUUUUAUCAGCAAAAGUGCAUUUCCGACAGUGACUGUGAAUCAAUUCAGGGACUGGUAUGCAAACCAAUGGUAUACAAGUGCGAGUGUCCCGACGAUAGUUACUUUGUUAAAGGGAUAGCUCGUUGUGUGGAAAAUAACGGCAACAAUGAAUCGAGGACAGCCAUGCAAAUCUAUAAGAUAACAAUGAUAUUCGCAUCCUGUUGUCUGGCACUCAUACUAAUCAUAUUUUUGGUAUGCAUUCUGCGUAAGUCCUACUGUCCUCCAGCAUCGGCGGCUGGCCGUUCCCGUAUGCCAAACGGACCGCUUGACAAUCGGACUAUACCCGAUAUAUUUACACUGUUUCCGCAUUGCGGUAACUACGAUGGCGGUCCACUGGGCGACGGUACGCUGCCGCCGUUUGAAAAGCCGCCCACCUAUGACGAAACACUUACACUGAUACGCAAUCAGAUAGGAGUACCGCCGCCCGCCUACAGGGGCCGUAACGGUACACCCUAUUCGUCGAAUCCGUCGACACCGGAACUGGCCGCCCGGGUACACGUCCAGCGGCCACAACUGAUAGCUGUGACCACUACUACUACUGGUAGCCGACAUUCCGCAUCGGCCAGUCCUCCGCUAUCGUUGGCGUCGGCGUCGACAAGUAGCUCAAGUUUUUCGGCCAACAAUUCGCCUCCCGGUCUACAUUCGUCUCGUGACGAACUGAUUGCCGGUCCCAGUGGUGAAUGUAGCCGACGGUCAGCAGUAGCCACUACUAGUAGCGGCAGUGGUGGCGCCGGCGGUAUAGAUAAUCCAGCAUUUUGUUGAUAUGUGUGUAUCAUUGAUAUACAACUUAUAAAUUAUAUAAUGUAUUGUGUUAUCAAUUAAUUUAAAAUAAAAU